CGAUGACGAUGAUGAUGGCGGUGGUGGCCGAGAUGAUAGAAAUGGUUAGUGGUACUUGAUGCUGGUCAUAGUUUCAGAGGCCUGGGUACUAAAUGGAUUUUCGAAUUUACAAGGAAAAUGGAGAAAACUGAGUAUCAUGCUGUCAUAAAGUACCUUCAUUUGAAAGGCAUGACUCCAUCAGAAAUCCAUGAAGAUAUGGUGAGAACCUUAACAGACAAUGCUCCUUCAUAUGCAACAGGUAAACGCUGGGUAAAUGAAUUCAAGCAUAGCAGGGAGAGUGUGGAAGAUGAUCCAAGGCCAGGGAGACCUCCAACUGCAACCACGAAGGACAACCUUGACCUUGCUCUUGGCAUGAAAAUGCAAGAUCGCCGAAUAUCAUGUUGUCAGAUAGCCGAGAGACUGGGCAUCUCAACUGAAAGAGCAGACAACAUUGUGACAAAAGAACUUGGUUUCUCAAAGGUUUCUGCAAGGUGGGUCCCUCGCCUUUUGGCUCCUGAACAGAAACGCACCAGGUGCACUUUGUCCACGAGCAAUCUGGAACUGUUUGAAGCUGAUGAAGAGAAGUUUCUUGCUCGUUUCAUUACUACGGACGAAAGUUAGGUCCAUCACUACCAGCCUGAAACCAAAGAACAAUCAAAGCAGUGGAAGCACACAUCUUCUCCUACCCCAAAGAAGGCCAGGGUCAUUCCUUCAGCUGGCAAGGUCAUGACGUCCGUUUUUUGGGGAUUCUCAAGGUGUCUUGCUGAUCGAUUACCUUGAAAAGGGUCACACCGUGACAGGGCUGUAUUAUUCUCAGCUACCGAAACGCCUCCGAGAAGCAAUCAAUGCACCUUGAUUGGUGCUUUAUACGUUUCUAAACUAGCAAAAUCAUUAACAGCGACCUUAAGAUAUCGAAACACACACACACCUAUUUCAGGAACCGAUCUCAAAUAGUCAUAAAUAAAUUGCGGUGGCAUUGGCGUUUCUCUAUUAUACACACACGUGUAUGUAUGUAACUAUAAUUUCUUUUUCCGUCUACUUCGAUUGACUUCGUUUUCAACGGCCGUCAUUCACCACCUCCCCAGAUUAAGUUUCAAUAUCCGUUUUUGUAACUACACCACUAUACAUACAUACAUACAUACAUGUAUAUAUAAUACACACACGCAUACACAUAUAUAUAUAUAUUUGUUGUAUAUGUCUAGUGUGUGUGUCUGUACGCACGCAAGCUUACAAACAAACAAAGGAGAGAGAUAAGCAACGAAUGCAUGGUAUUAAUGAGAUUGCCAUUUAUUGAUAACUUAUACACAGAAGCAAUUGUUGUCGGUGAUUGCUCAUAGAAAAGCGGGUUGCAGGAACAUAAUAUUACCUGUUACCUUCCAAUCAAUUAUUCAGAAAUUAGACACCUCUUCAUAUCAUCUGACAAUUUUCAUUUUCAAAACCCGUUCUCUUUUCUUUUCUCUCUCUCUCUCUCUCUCUCUCUCUCUCUCUCUCUCUCUCACACACACACACACACACGCACACAUACACAUAUCUCUCUGAACUUUAUCAUGAUGUAUUUAUAGUUUCACUUUUAUGGAUGAAUAUUAAGCAAUAAAGUU